AUGGGGAAACUGAUCACAGCAAAAGUUCGAUUCAGACUGGACGGUGUUGGUGGAAUUUUCCUGAGUGUCGCUUUUGAGAAUAAACAGAAUGGGAAAAAGAAAUUUUUAGAAUUGCGCAAGCUCGGAAAAGAUUUCCAGAUCAUCUGGAAAAAUGAAUGCAACACGAAGUCAGUCGAUGAUGAUUUUACUGAAUAA